AGCGGCGUUCAAAAACCAAGUGGGUCUUGCGGUUCGGCUCCGAUGAGUCCAUGACAAACCAAUGGCGAGACACGCCUUUUCUCUUCGUCUACCGGUACCUACCUAGGUAGCUUGCUGUUUCCCCCCUCCCCUCAUCAGCCGUGAACGGGGAUAAGGCCUCGUCUCUUGUCUCUUACACCCGGCCACUCAGGAAUGCUUCUCGGUUGCUAAAUUAUGAAAAAAGAUGGUGGGAACGACGACUAGACCGGCUCGGUCCACAAGGGUGAUCGGCCACAUGCAGCAUGCAGUCACCGAUUUUCGGGCAUCUGUGGUUUUGGGGCCAUUAUUCUUUGGCCCAUUAUUCAUCCAUUUCCGUAUUUGACGGCCACCCUCACCCACACCUCCCACACUUUGCUCUCUCCUCGUGUCUUCUGAGAUGGAACCCAACGCAGAAACAUAAUAAGUGUGUGUGCUAGUACGCUGCUCACGGUUCGCCAUGCCCGCCCACAGCGAAUCCGCAGAAGAUGCUACAGAUAAUCUGCCAUAUUUGCAGCGCAAUCGAUCCUCUCUAUCAGAGACGGUGAGGCGGAUCGAUGAAGAUGAGGCACGCCAAAGGUAUGAAGCUCGUGCCGAAGAGCAGGGUCUGGACGAAAAGAAGAUGGCCAGCCCCAACUCAUCAAGCGACGAAGAUGAGCCCACGAUAAUAUCUUGGGAUGACGGUGACCCAGAGAACCCGUACAACUGGUCACACACCAAAAAGUUCUUGAUCCUCUGCUUAACCAUGAUGCAAGUCAUCAACAGCACAAUGGGCUCGGCCCUCCCGUCCAACGCCAUCCCCUUCAUCACCGCCGAAUGGGGCAUUACAAACGAGCAACAACAGGUCUUGCCCAUCUCCGUGUUUCUCAUCGGCUACGUUUUUGGACCCGUAGUCUGGGCACCUCUCAGCGAGCAUCUCGGUCGAAGGAUGUUGACAAUAAUCACCUUUGUCAUGUUCACCAUCUGGACCAUGGCUUGCGCCCUCGCACCCAACUGGCCUUCAUUUCUAUUCUUCCGCUUGUUCACUGGCGUCUUUGCCAGCUCACCUAUCGCUAUCGUGGCCGGUAUCCUCGCAGAUAUAUACGGUGACACCGAGACCCGCGGCCGUGCCAUGACAGCCUUCAUGGUCACAACCACCUUUGGCCCCCUCUUCGCCCCCAUCGUUUCUGGUUUCUGCUCCACGACAAUAGGUUGGCGCUGGUCCUUCUGGGUGGCCCUCAUCUACGCCGGCAUAACCCUCAUCCCGAUCCUCCUCCUCCCCGAGACCUACGCGCCCGUCCUGCUCCUUCGACGAGCACGAAAGAUCCGCAAACUAGACCCCUCCGCCGCCGUCAUCGCGCCCCGCGAGAUGGAGAGCACAGACUUCAAGCACAUCGCAACCGUCGUCCUCACCCGCCCCGUACGCAUGAUCAUCUUCGAACCCAUCGUCAGCUGCACGUGCGCCUAUCUGGCCCUAGUCUAUACAAUCUUCUACAUGUCCUUUCAGGCCUUCCCCAUCAUCUUCCAGAAGCUCUACGGUCUCUCACCGGGUGUGGCUGGCCUGGCCUAUCUCCCUAUAGGCGCCGGCGCCCUGCUGGUGGUGCCCAUCUUCAUCGGCUGGGAGCAAGGCCAUCUCCGCGCGCAACGCAAUGGUUACGCAUGGGCCAAGCGCGAAGAGUUCCGCCGUCUCCCUUUCGCCUGCGUCGGUGGACCGCUGUUCUUCAUCUCCUUGUUCUGGCUGGGCUGGUCUUCCAGAGAAGGCGUCAGCUUCGUCGCGCCCAUGUUGGCGGGGAUCCCGUUCGGGAUGGGCUUCAUGCUCAUCUUCAUCGCCCUGCUUAACUAUCUCACCGACGCCUACGAGAUUUUUGCUGCCAGCGCCAACGCGGCUGCCUCGACUAGUCGGUCUCUGCUCGCUGUCGUGCUGCCGCUGGCGACGACGCGCAUGUUUAAUAAGCUCGGCAUUGCUGGUGCUUGUAGCUUGCUUGGCGGGUUCGGUGCUAUUAUGUGCAUCAUCCCCUUCAUCUUUAUCUGGAAGGGUGAGCAGAUUCGGGCGGGAUCGCGGUUUUGUAUUGCGCUUAGGGAGAGGAAGGCGGAGAUGCAGAGAAAGGUUGAGGAGCAGAAGCAAAGGGAAGAGGCGAGGAGGGUCAGGUUGAGGGAUAGUCCUGGGGCCCGGAAAGAGGAGGUUUAAGUGGUGUUACGAAUGAAUGCCCGAGGACUGUCGAUUCAGCGAAUCCAGAGACCAAUCAUCUACCGAAAGAGAGACGGAAAUGAUGGCAAUAACGAGUGGCUACAAGAGGAAUGUCGAUGGCAUCGACUGAGUAGCAAAGAGGUACAACCUCUGGGCAAGAAGUUG